GUUGGCAGGAAGCACUAAAAGCUUGCUGUCAACUUUAUUUGCUGGACAAAAAUGACGGCAAUCUGCAGCGCGCCACUGUAUUGGUGGCAAAACGUUAUUUUAAUGUGGCACGCCGCCUACUGCACAAACUGCUGGAAACGAGUAAUUUGGACAUUUUAACAAACGUACGUGUGCUGGUCCUGAAGGCCAUCUCAGUGGAUUGCAUGUCAUCACAAACUAUAGAACUGCUUAUGCGUGCCUCGGUGUUAGCUGCCUCGGCGUAUCUGGAGUAUGAACAUGCAAUGGUUGAUAUGGUGCUAGCGCAAGUGCUGCUCAGAAUGGGUUUGAUACAGAAAGCUUUCCAAGCAAUUAAGAAUUGCAUGGAAAUCAUCUGUAUUAAUGGCGGCAUCUAUGAUCGCGCCAAGACCGAUUUUAUAUUUGUUAAGUGCUUGGUGGCAGCAGCAGAUAGCAAGGGUAUGAAGAUUAUAGGUCUUCUGAAAUCCAUACCGAUGUUGGAGAACGCAAUUGAACAGUUUAAGAAACUGGAGGCACAUGCAAAAGUUUUGGAUAUUUACGUGUAUCUCGCCAAGACCUUUGACGAAUUGAAGGAAAGAGAGGAACGAAAUAAGUAUGCUUGUAAGUUCAAGCAAUAUUUCAAGUCGCAUCCGGUUGCAAGGGAAUAUCUUGGCAUGAUAUUUUGAAUAAAAACAAAUAUU